AUGGUGUAUCUGACGAUUUCAACGUCGCCUUUUCAAUCUCAAGUUUCGGACCUUCUUCCGUGUAACAACAAUUCCAAAUCGUCGUUGUCUUUUGCGUUGCUUAACGCGUAUGGUUUGUUGAAAUACUUUGAUGAGGUUGUAAGCCUGCCGAGCAGCUCGAUCAAUGAUUUAACGCCUUUUCAUUGUAAAGAAUACCUCAAGCUGGUUCUAGAUCCUGAGCUUAUAAAGGAGGCUUCGAGCGAUGAAGUUGAUCGUGGCUGGGAGUCUCUAGCAUUGAUGGCCAAGGAUUGGGGCGAGCUCCAGAGUGACGAACAAUCAUUCGCUUGGUUCGAGAACAAAAAGCUGCUUUAUGAAUUCUACUCUCACGCUCUAGGUCUCGAGCCAUGCUCUGAGGGCGAGAGUUCUGUUCAGUGCGGCGAAUUGGGGCCUUCGGACCCUGGCAGCCCCCAGCGCGAACUUCUAUCCGGUUAUAAUGGUGGAUUCAGUGAAACUGGUCUGGAUAGACGCGUUUUGGAGAAAUAUGGUCUCUCACACGACUGCUACCUCUUUGCGUAUUUACCACUCUAUUGCCAAGUUAUCGCCGGUGCCACUCUCUCUCUGGUACGUGCUGCAUGCCUGCGACACGAGCGUGCAAUUUCUAUCAACUGGGAUGGCGGACGACAUCAUGCAUCGAGGUCUCGGGCUAGCGGCUUCUGCUACAUUAAUGAUAUUGCCCUUCUCAUUCAAAAACUACGUAGGCGGGGCAUUCGGAGAAUAAGCUAUAUUGAUUUUGAUCUACACCAUUGCGAUGGAGUUGAACGAGCCUUUCAGCACUCUCAAAGCGUGCAAACCAUAUCUGUUCACCUUCAUGAGCCUGGGUUCUUUCCAGGUACCGGUUCCUUGAAAGAAGCAUCCGUUGGCAAAAACGUUGUGAACAUCCCUGUACAGCAUGGAAUGGACGACACAUUUCUUAACCAAAUAGUACAACGUGUCAUAAUGCCAUGCAUACGAAGCCAUAACCCAGAAGUUUUAGUGAUCCAAUGUGGCGGUGACGGCCUUAUGGGUGACAAAUACAAGGAGUGGCAGUUGACAAUCAAAGGGCUCGUUAAUAAUAUAAUGUACAUUGUGCGGGGGUUUCCCGCCACAAAUGUGGUUAUGCUGGGUGGCGGAGGUUACAACGAAAGGCUCAUGAGCCGAUUUUACACUUACUUGACGUGGAAGGUGGUUGAAUUUUCCAGGGGUGAGGGCCUUAAGGAUCCAUUUGAUUGCGAAGAGGACAUUAUUCCCGACCAUGAGUUCAUUGAGAGUUAUAAAGACGAAUUUUACAAGUUUUGGGCUUACGACAUUGACGGAGGCAAAGGCAAGUUGCUAAAAAAUGAAAAUGACCUCGACUACGUCAUGAGGCUAGCCGGUUUUUACAAUGUUAGAAAUAAAGAAGUCGUUUAG